UUUAAAUCAGACGCACCCUGUUUGUGCGCAUCAAAACGCACCGUUUUUGAAGCGGGCCUUCCUCUCCUGAAAUAUCUAUCUUAUCCGCCUCUCUGAGUAGCUUACCCCUGCCAGAACCCACCCUGCAACCCCUAACUCUCCAUAAACCUCCAUAUAUGGCUACUGAAUUCGAAAUCCAUUUUUAAUACUCAAAGUUCCUUACGCUUAUUUCUCCUUCUUCGCGCAAACCACCCACUUUAUAUAUUUUUGUCUUCUCAUGGAACUCUCGUCUCCCUUCAUACACCGCCAAAAACCAAAUCCAUACUCAUGCCUAACACCUGACCUUUCUUUCUCAUCCUCAUUUUCUCCAUUCCCACUUCAAAUUGACCUCAAAAAUUCCAAAAGCACAAACCCCACAUCGCUAAAAUUUCGCAUUCUCGCCGUUGCUGUAGACCCCAAAGAACUCCCCCAAAACAGUCCUCAGAGGCUCCUCAAAGAGCUUGCGGAGCGUAAGAAAAUCACAUCCCCGAAGAAAAAGUUUCCCCCUAAGAGGUUCAUUCUAAAACCCCCAUUAGAUGACGCCAGAUUAGCACGAAGGUUUCUCAAUAGCCCACAAUUAUCCCUCAAAUCAUUCCCUUUAUUGAGUUCUUGUUUACCGUCAUCGCGGCUUAACAAUGCCGAUAAAGCUUGGAUAGACGAAUACUUGCUUGAAGCCAAGCAAGCCCUGGGGUACCCACUGGAGCCGUCCGACCAGUAUGGGGAUGAUAAUCCGGCUAAGCAAUUUGAUGCCUUGUUGUACUUGGCGUUUCAGCAUCCGUCGUGUGACAGGGCGAAUGCUCGCCAUGUGAGGUCGGGGCAUUCAAGGCUGUGGUUUUUGGGGCAGUAUGUGCUUGAACUGGCGUUUGCAGAGUAUUUCUUGCAGAGAUAUCCGAGGGAGUCGCCGGCUCCGAUGAGGGAAAGGGUGUUUGAAUUGAUUGGAAAGAGGAAUCUUCCCCAGUGGAUCAAAGCAGCUAGCUUGCAGAAUUUGGUAUUUCCGUUUGAUGACAUGGACAGGUUGAUUCGGAAGGAGCGCGAGCCUCCUGUGAAGUCUGUGUUCUGGGCUUUGUUUGGGGCAAUAUAUUUAUGUUAUGGAAUGCCAGAAGUAUACCGUGUUCUUUUUGAAGUAUUUGGAAUGGACCCAGAACAUGAGGACUGCCAGCCAAAGUUGAGGAGACAGCUUGAAGAUGUAGAUUAUGUUUCUGUGGAAUUUGAAAACAACAAGCUCAGUUGGCAAGAUGUUGCUGCCUAUAAGCCUCCUGAAGAUGCUCUUUUUGCACAUCCAAGACUUUUCAGGGCAUGUGUUCCACCAGGUAUGCAUCGGUUCCGUGGAAACAUAUGGGAUUACGACUGCAGACCCCAAGUUAUGCAUGCACUGGGUUAUCCUUUACCUGUAACUGAUAGAAUUCCAGAUAUUACUAAAGCAAGGAACAUUGAACUUGGACUUGGCCUACAGCUUUGCUUCUUGCACCCUUCGAAACACAAAUUUGAGCAUCCUCGCUUCUGCUAUGAGCGAUUGGAAUACGUUGGCCAAAAGAUCCAGGAUAUUGUGAUGGCUGAGAGGUUGCUCAUGAAGCAUCUUGAUGCUCCUGGGAAGUGGCUACAGGAGAAGCACCGCCGCCUUCUUAUGAACAAGUUCUGCGGGAGGUACUUGAGGGACAAGUAUCUCCACCGCUUUAUCAUCUACUCUGAACAGGUUCAGGACUCGUAUGAACACAAUCGAAGACUAAGGAACCCAGCCACGACUGCUGUUCAACAAGCCAUUCAUGGCCUCUCCUACCUUGUAUAUGGGAAACCAGACGUAAGACGCCUCAUGUUUGAGGUUUUUGAUUUCGAGCAAAUCCAACCCAAACCUGUAUUAAGAUCUUAGAAACAUAUUUCAAUCAUCUUGUUAGUUAAAAAUAUAAUACAGUCUUUGUAGUUGAAAA